UUGGACUGGGGGCAGCAGCAGCAGCAGCAGUUGAAAGACGUCGCUCGCGCUGCUUUGCUCGGGCUCACGCGAACGAGGAGAAGGAAAAAAAAAAACAGAGGGGGUCUCGUGAAGGAGAGGCUACAAAAAAAAACUUGGACAGGGAUUUCCAGGAAAGUGAAAGAUGCAGUGAAGAACUGCCGCUUGCACCACGAGUCCAAGGUUAACUCACUCUCACCAGGAAGUAGAGGAGCAGGAUGCAGUCUCGCACACAGGAGCAGCUGUUGGCUCCCACUGCUGUGAAGUCACAUUAUCCGACCAAUGGGAAAGAAGAAGAGGUGAACACAGAUGCAGAUUCCAUGGAGGAAGAGGCGGAGUUUAACUGGGAGGAGUACAUGGAGGAGACGGGGGCCGACGCUGCCCCUCACACCACCUUCAAACAUGUGGAGAUCAGCCUGCAGAGCAGCUUCCAGCCUGGUAUGAAGCUGGAAGUGGCCAAUAAGAACAGCCCGGACACAUACUGGGUGGCCACCAUCAUCACCACAUGUGGCCAGCUGCUGCUGCUGCGCUUCAGCGGCUACGGCGAGGACCGCAAGGCCGACUUCUGGUGUGAUGUCAUGACAGCCGAGCUGCACCCGGUGGGCUGGUGCGCCCAGAACAACAAGACCCUGAUGCCCCCCGAAGAUAACAUUUACCUAAGAAAAGCCAUCAAGGAGAAAUACAACGACUGGACCGAGUUCCUGGUUCAGGACUUGACCGGCUCCAGGACGGCACCGGCCAACCUGCUGGAGGGGCCUCUGCGAGGUAAGAACACGGUGGAUCUGAUCGUCGACGGCUCUAUUUUGGAGCUUCAGGACGUCUCGGAUCCUUUCCUUUACUGGCCCGUCCGCGUCGUCCAGAACGUCGGAGGGAGGCUCCGUCUACGCUACGCCGGUCUCUCAGACGACCACCGGGCUCAGGACACCUGGCUGUUCUACCUGGAUGUUAGGCUCCGCCCCCUCGGAUGGGCUCUGGAGAACAGUUUCGCCUUAGAGCCGCCCACAGAGCUCAAGUCUCUGAAGAGCGCCUCCGACUGGCAGCAGGCUCUGGAGGACGCUCGACUCGACGGACAGAGGAGUCCUCUGCCGCUCGAGGUGUUCAAGGACCACGUAGACCUGCCCAAGCACUCCUUCAAGACGGGGAUGAAGCUGGAGAUGGUUUCUCCGUGGGAGCAGCUUCAGAUCUGCCCCGUUUCUGUCACCAAGGUCUACAAUGAGAUCUAUUUCCAGGUCACGCUGGAUGACCUCUCUGUUGACGUUAAGCCGCGGUUUGUGGUCUGCCACACCAACUCGCCAGGCAUCCUGCCCGUCCAGUGGUGUCUGAAAAACGGCGCUGGCCUGGAGCGGCCCCGAGGCUACGAGGGCCAGGACUUCGACUGGGCUGACUACCUGAAGCACAGCGGGACUGAAGCGGCCCCCGACGCCUGCUUCCCUGAUACAUGGCAGAACAGAGGCUUUGCCAAGGACAUGUGGCUGGAGGCGGUGAACCCUCACCAGCCAGCGGAGGUGUGUGUGGCUCAGAUCACACAGGUCAGAGGAUGCCUGCUGUGGCUCCGACUGGAAGGUGUGGCGAAGCCCCUGUCAGAGCGUAUCGUGGACGUCGAGUCCAUGGACAUCUUUCCUGUCGGCUGGUGCGAGGCCAACGGUUACCCUCUGACCCCUCCACUCAAACCUGUCUGCCAGAAGCAGAAGAAGAUAGCAGUGGUCCAACCGGAGAAACAGUUGGCUCCGUCCCAGCCGCUAGAGACGGCUCCCGUCAGCCACUGCCAGCCCGUCGCCAUGGAUCCAGGCACAGCCAACGGAAGAUACUGCUGCUCCAAGAUUUAUGUCAACCACCGCUGUUUCUCAGGCCCCUACCUCAACAAGGGACGCAUCGCGGAGCUGCCGCAGGCCGUCGGACCAGGAAAAUGCACGCUGGUCCUCAAAGAGCUCUUGAGCAUGCUGAUAAACGCCGCCUACAAGCCUGGACGAGUCCUGAAGGAGCUGCAGGAGCUGGAGGAUCAGAGCUGGGACUGCCAAGAGGAGACCCUCAAAGCCAAAUAUAAAGGGAAAACCUAUCGUUCAACCAUCCGUAUAGUCCGCCUCGCAGACCAGAUCCCGGACUUCUGCCGUAAGGUGUGCGUGAAGCUUCAGUGCUGCCCGAACCUCUUCAGCCCUGUCCUCGUUACCGACAAGUGCCCGGAGAACUGCUCCGUACAGACAAAAACCAAAUACACCUAUUACUAUGGGAAGAAGAGGAAGCUGUCCAAGCCAAUGGGAGGAGAGGAGACUGCAGAGGGAGAGCUGGCCAAGCCGACGCGCCGCAGGAAGAAGAGGAAAGCUAUCUUUGUGCAGAAGAAAAGGCGCUCGUCAGCUGUGGACUACACUCCUGCUGGCUCACCGCAGGACAGUGACGAGGGAGAGGAGGAUGAAGAGAUGGCGCUGCAGUCGGGCAGCGAAGGCACCAGCUCAGAGCCGCGCGAGGACCACACCGACGCCUCCUCGGUGGAGGUGACCAGCAGCCGCCCUCGCCGUGCCGCUACGCUCCGCAGGGCCGCCAGCGCCGGCAACGCCACGAGCAGCCAGGAGGCUCCCGAGGGCCGCAGGAGGUCGACUCGCUCGCUGUCGGCUUACAACCAGAACAACAACAAGUACCAGCCGCCCAAAGGACAAGACAUGCAGGUGGAGGAGGAGGAGGGUCAACUGGUUCUGGACAGAAACCCUCUAGAGUGGAGCGUAGAUGAAGUCGUCCAGUUUAUCAACUCUACUGACUGUGCGUCCCUGGCCAACAUCUUCCAGGAGCAGGAUAUUGACGGUCAGGCGCUGCUGUUGCUGACUCUGCCCACAGUGCAGGAGUGUAUGGACCUGAAGCUCGGCCCUGCCAUCAAAUUGUGCCACCAGAUAGAGCGAGUCAAGGUUGCCUUUUACAGACAGUACGCUAACUGACCGAGGAGCAGCAACAGCGAGUCACCCACUGAACGUCCAGUGAGUCGAGAGAAAUGUUGUGGUCAUGCACGACUGGGAAAUGUUGGAUUAACUUCCUCCUGAUGGAAACUUUGGACUAGUUUUGUGGAGUUGUGGGGAUUUCCAAACUGCAAGAAGAAGGGAUAUUUUCUUGGAGCUGUUGCACUGGAAAAGCACAAACUAAGUGACAGCGGAGUAAAUAAUGGAGGAUGUUUCCCUACAAGGAGUUGAAGGAUUCAUAUCUUGGAUACAAAAACGUCCCCGCUGCUGGCUCCGGCAGAACAAAACACAUCGGAGUCGAUCCAUGUGGCUUUACUGAUCUGUGAAGACGUUAUUUUGAGAAGCUGAGGACUUGUUUCUAAAGACAAUUUUGUUUGUUUCUUACUUUUCAAAUUCAUUUUAUUUGAUAGAGGAGCACUAUAGCAUUUAAUUUAAAAAUU